AUGGCGUUUUUCUCGGCAUCUUACUGUAAUGUUAUGGAUAGUUUUUUUAAUCUCGAAAGGAAAAAACCUGUGACCCGAAGUUGUUCCUCUGCCUGCGGUGGCUUCGAGCUCCAAAAGAAAACCCUCCAAUCCACGGUCAGAGAGAAAAUGGCAUAUGUGACACAAAGGAAAUCCAUAAUUCUCUACGCUGUGUUUCAUUUGAUCAGCAGUCUUUUUAUUUGCACCAUAGCAGACGUAGUAAGUAAAUGCGCCAACACCACUAUCUGUAUUGGAACCUAUGCUGACAUCUACAAAUCCUUAGAUUCAGAUGUGAACAGUUUUAACAUCGAAUACGCCUUAUAUCCGGCAAAUGAGCCUUCCUCAGUUCUAGUCUUCGUCAAUUUAUAUGGUCAGAAUGGAACAGAUAAAACGGGCAACGAUUCCGUGCCUGAUGUAAUGAAAUACAUAUGGAGCUUGAGAAGCCUUUAUGCUGCUUUUCCCGCUGUUUUCUUGGAGAUCUCAUCCUUUUUCUCAAUACUGGUGACUCCACGCACGCAAGAACUAAACAUCACAAUUCCAUUCUUUUGCUGCAAUGUUUCUGUAAAAGACAGGAAAAGAAUGAUUAAAACUGCACUGGCUGCUCUUCAAGACCUUGCUGUAACUUCUGGCUUGCGAGAUCCACGCUUGAAUUUUGCAGAAUCUGUCAUAGAAGGGCACAUCCCAGACAUGAAGACUACUGGUCGUUCUUACUUAAGAGUAGUUUUGUGGUUUUCUUUCCUGUGUCCCAUGUUUUUUGGUCCAUUUUUAUAUCUUUGGGUCUUACAAUACUUAAAAGAUGACACUCAAGGUAUAUCACUCUCAGCGGGUAGCGAUGGAAAUCGUAGAAGGGUAGAUUAUAUUUGUCGUAGAAACGAAGAACCACUGAUACGUUCAGUAACUUUAUUUUGUUGUUUCCUGUUGCUGAUAGAGGUCAUCUUUGUUUUAGCUAGAGUGUGGACAUCCACCGAAAUUUCAAAAAGAGGAAAUAUGUCGCGAGACUUUAUGGCACUCCUUGCACUUAUACCAGAAUGUGCUAUGAUUCUCCGAGACUUGGACGUUUGUCAUUAGGAAUAUCUUACGUCAACAUUGC